UUCUCACUCAAAUAGCAUAUGGUGCUACUUCCGCGUUAAGACUGACCAAUCAGGGCGAGCCUCGAAACUAAACCGAAAUGAGAUCAUUUCGAAGAAAACGAAACUUAGAAAGAAACGAAACCAGUUUGUCGACGCCUCCCUUCGCCUUUCUUUCCGUCUAGCUGGUGCUCUCAACAUGGGUUUUCUGUCCGGCUCCAAUCUGAAGCAACCUCUGUUUCUGAUAUUACAGCCAGCAGUGCUGUUUUAUGUGGGUACAGAAGCUGUAACAGAAGUACUUACCAGGUUCGGUGACAUUGCAAAGCUGCCCUGUGAUGCUCCACGUGAAUCUGAAGUUCAGUACAGAGCUAUCAGCUGGUACAAGGUAGCUGAUGAUGGGUUCAGUUUAUCAGGAAUUAUGCGAAGAGAUCUCAAAGAGAACAUUGUCUGGAGGUAUCGGGGUUUCAAUAGAUCCGUUGAGGUUAAUUCUGCCAGUCCGUAUUUCUUGACAAUUUACAACGUCUCCAGUGAAGAUUUGGGAGCAUACCAGUGUUCUGUCUGGGCACCACUUGGAGAGCAAAAUGUAAAGGGAAAUGUGAGACUUCAAAAAAUAAGUGAAUCUAACCAGUUUGAAAGAAUAACCAGGAAUAUGCUGAUAUUCAUCUUAAUGGCAAUGUGCCUGCCUCCCAUUCUAUGCACGUACCUUGUGUACAAGAAGUAUUCCAAAGGAAUGGAAACCCGUGUAGAAGAAAUGAGCAAGACAAUGAAGAAUUACUCACGGCCAUUUGGGGAUAAUGUGCUGUCAUAUACCAAUAUUCAAUGCUGAAACCUAAACAUGAGAGACCCACAGCAUCGUGAAAGGUCGAGUCUGGAUUGCACUGAGCAGCAUAAGACUAUUGAAGGCUGCAUAAAUUGAUGGGAUGAAAGGGUUUCUCUCUUUACACAAUGAGAAAGUUGAAAUUGAAAUGAGAUUGAGCAUUCUCAAUGCAGUUGCUCAAGAGUCCACAACAAUAUGGCCUGGAUUUUCUACUUCUCUAACACAUUAGGGAUAUCAAUGGAAAAUCUCUGUACUACCAGACCAUGAUUUUCCAAAAACUGAAAAGCAAACAGGAUUUCCUGCUGUGUGCUGAGAAGUGGAAAACCUAGGCCGACAUUUCCCUGAAUUAAUGCAAAGUCAGCAGUCUCAAUACUACAGCCUAGCUCCUGCUGAUUGGUUUCACCUCAAUUCAUAUCCUGAACCGCAUUCCCUCUAAUUUUCUUACCAGCUGCCUGGCCCUCUGAGACCCUUGCGCAGCAGCAACUUCUGGAACUGGGAGUCAAUGCCAUGAUUGGCACAUCAACGCUGAUUAUCAUGCGUGGAACAUUGAGUGGCUGCAUAUGCACAACUUAGAGGGAACGUUGAUCCUGAGUUGAACCUGGAGCUUGGACUGUACACUCUCAGGCUUAUGUGCAUUUCAUGGUUAACUGCCUGAGCUGCUGAGAAAAUCAUUGUAUGCAGAGAUGGAAGAAUAGCUUCACAUUUUGAGGUAUAUUUUUGAGUUCAGCAUUUGUGGUGCAGAUGUUUUCAAACUGGAGCUCAUCAACAAAAAACAAAAUGUGCAUUUCUCUCGGCCUGUGGUUCUGGACUGGUUUAAGUAUUGACAACAAAUACGUAUUUCAUUGUGGUCAGGACAAUACCACACAUUAUGGAAACCCGAAAUGAGACGGAAGAAUGCAGCAAAUGCAAGGAUGAGGGUUGAACUGACAAUAAUAAUAUAAAAUUAACCAAUGAACUGCAGAUGCUGGAAGUCUGAGACCAUAAAAGAAAAUGCUGGAGGAAUUCAGCAGAUCUGGCAGCACCUGUGAAGAUAAAAACAGUUAACAUUUCAAGUCCAGUGACACUUCUUCAGUUCUGUUGCUCUCUCCACAGAUGCUGCUAGACUUGCUGAGGUUCUCCAACACCUUCUGUUUUUGAUAACAUGAUCAUGUUCUCUGCACCCUUUUUUUUCAUGGAAAAGGACUGCUUGGUUUAACUGGUCAUAUAUGGCUGAACUGUGCGUGAAAUACACCAUGGAAGAUUAGCUCUCAGACAUCCUGAUUAACAGGGAAAUAUUUGAUGUGGUUGUGAUAGGUUUGAUAUAAGUCAAUACAAAGGGCAAAAAUGACUACUACAAUUAGAAGGGCCAGGCUCAGACAGUCUGAACAUUGUAAGUAUUCCAGCCAAAUUGCACUGAUCUUGGUGUGGAGUGGUCCGCUGUCAGAAGGAAGGUCAGGAAUGGCUGACAUGUUUCAUGGACCAAUAGUUCUCACCAGAAGAAUCAGCCAUUUGAGGAUUGUAACUUAUUGGCCAAAUCCAAGGGGUGUUGUAGCUAGGAGGUUAAGGUAACUUAAGGGUAACAAUAAAUUCCAUUGAUUUGGGUCUGAAUUGAGUAAUGUUUGAGCAGUAAGAUGAGAUUUUGCAAAUGGAUUAGCUAAUAUAUCAUGGUGACUUGUGUAUGUUUUGGGUGCAUCCUUUGUAUGAUGCAUUCAAAAAUGUACUGGCCUAGAAAUUCAGCAAACCUUUCACUGCUAAACAACUUGUGAGCCUAAAAACUGAAUGUGCCAGCAUUGUAUUUUGGAGUGGAAACCAAAAGAACAGUGGAUGCUGUAAAUCAGAAACACAAAACAGAAGUUGCUGGAAAAGCUCUGAAGGUCUGACAGCAUCUGUGAAGAGAAAUCAGAGUUCACGUUUCUUCAGGAAGGGCCACCGGACCAUUAACUCUGAUUUCUCUUCACAUGCUGCCAGACCUGCUGAGCUUCUCCAGCAACUUCUGUUUUUAUUUGUAAUUUGAAGUAUCUGUUCCCAGUGCAUUCGCAUUGGUUCCUGGAGCCAUUAAUACAUGAUUUUCAAGAUGCUAUCGAACUGGACUAAUCUGUUUACAGUUGGUUUAGACUAGUUUAGAUGCAAUGCUUUAUAUAGGGUGUACAGACUUCUGUCGUCUAAAGUCAAACAUACCCUUUUUAUGAAGAUGUACCCUUUGAAUAGUCUUUUAAAGGCCAGGUAGUUAGCUACAAGGUGGUUCACAAUACCUGACGCAGCCAGCCAGAAGUGCAGAAAAUUGGACCCUACAAGGGAAUUGGUAAGUAUAGUAAUAGUAAUGGGAAGCCGUAUGCAAUUGAGCAGGAAUUAAAUGUUGUAAACACUGUGUUUGCUAUAGUGGCUACUAGGUGGAGCAGCACACGCACAUGCACAAAAUUACAUUAAUGAAAAUAAAUUAUUGUCCGGACUAAGUCAGAUACUGAUCACACUGACUCCCUGAUAUCAGUCUUCAACUGGACUGAUAGAGCAAUUUCCUAUAUAACCAUUAAAAACAAUUUUACCAUUCACUGGAUCUGCAACAUUAACUCUGAUUUCUCUCCACAGAUGCUGACAGAGCUAUUGAGUUUUACCAGGAAUUUUUGUUUGUUUUUAAUUUCCAACAUCCGCAGUUAUUUCAGUUUUUUAUGUACUAUGUAUUCUUUGGUUUAAAGUGAACAAGAGAAUCAUUAGAGGAAAACAGUGAUAUAUUCAUGUAAGAUGCACAUUUGAUUUUGGGGGGGCGGGGAGUGGGGGUGGGGGUUGGGUGUUAGUUGCGGUGUCAGGGGAGUAAUUGGGUGGUAGGGUCAGUUGUGGAGUUACUAGGUGUAAGAAUAGGUUUUCAUCCAACAUUUUCCUGGGUACGUAAUACAUGAAAGUACUGCAGGACUGUCUGGGCUCUCCAACUCUAACUCCAAAAGUCAUUGACAAUCACAGAUGGUCCAGGGGAGCAGAGGAACUAUUGAUUGGAAGUUUAAACUUCUCAGGCACUUCCCACAUGGACCCACACAUCAGGAAUUCCUCAGAGUCUUUACCAACAUCCUGAAUGUUUGGUCUAAUAUGCUCUAGAGAUUUGGCCAAAUAAUUAGUUGGAGUUGCUAUUGAUUGACAACUCUGAUCAAAUUACAAAUUUAAUAUUUGCUGUUACAAAUACAGGUGGCAUUGUGGCUCAGUGGUUAGCAUUGCUGCCUCACAGUGCCAGAGACCCGGCUUCAAUUCCAGCCUUGUGUGUCUGUCUGUGCAGAGUUUGCACGUGCUCUCCAUGUCUGAGUGGGUUUCCGCCGGGUGCCCUGGUUUCCUCCGACAGUUCAAAGAUGUGCAGGUUAGGUGGAUUGGCCAUGCUAAAUUGCUCGUAUUGUCUAGGGAUGUGCAGGCUAUGUGGAUUAGCCAUGAUAAAUGUGGGGGUUACAGUGAUAGGGUUGGGGGAAGUUCUGGGUGGGAUGCAGACCUGAUGUACCAAGUGGCCUAUUUCUGUACUAAAGUGGUUCUAUGAUUCCAACUGGCUGCCAAUAUAAUUAGCAGCAAGUUUUACAAGUGUCUGAUACUGAUUUUGAUUUCUAAUAGAAACUAAACACAAAUAUGCACAUAGAAUAAUGCAAAAUAUAAAAUAUAGAGAAAUUUAUAAUUUUUAAAAAAAGGAAGUAAAAUGUUUUUUAUUACAAACUUGCAUGUCAAUUUGGUCAAAGUACAUAUACAACAUACCUUUCAAAGACAGACCCCACAUAAAAGCAUACAAUGCAAAUCACAGCUAGUGGACACAGUAAGAGUUCUCUGUCAUAAUUCCUUGGCACUCAUAUUGUUCACUUAGAUGUUUGAUAGAAAAGACGUAUUCAAGGUUGAAAAACAAAAUUUCAAAAAUGUGGAGCCUAGAUGACUCUUCAUCAGAGUGAAGCUAGACUCGAAAUGUUAGUUUGCUUUCUCUCCAUGGAUGCUGCCUGACCCCUUGUGAUCUCCAGCAUUUUUGUGUUCAGUACAAAUUCCAGCAUCUGCAGUAAUUUGCUCCUGCAAAGAUAUGCAAGUACAUAAGCGGACAGUCCGUGAAAGAAUGAAAAAUGGAAUGUUGCCUAAACUCAAACACCCUCAUAGACCGACUCAGUCCACUGUCCAAUGUGCUGUCUUCUCUGUGUCCUCAGAUGAAGUGGAGUCAAACUAGUCACUGAACUGCUUUGGCUGAGAUAGCAAUAACAGUCAUUCUCAUAUUGCAUCUCAAAAGGCCAUCAUUGCACGGAAUCCAUCAUUGAGCUUCAGUGUCUCGAUACUUAUUUAGUUGGAGGAACCAAGGAGGCUGCUAAUAAUGAUGAAGCCCUGUGAGGGGUGGCAUCCCCAUCUGCCCCAGUGAGUGCCUCAGAUCAUAGCAUGUACUCCAGAUAGCUGCAGGAGAAACCAGUUAGAACACGGUUAUCAUCCCCUCCAAACAUCUCUACACCAUCAACACUAUUGUCCAGUAAGUUGUGUGGUGGCCAUCCUAUGAAUAUCAAUGCACAGUCCUGCAUGCAGUCCUGUCCUGUCACGUGUAGCUGUCCAAGAGGUUUGCCAUUCUAUCUCAGUGGAAAAGUCAAUGCAUUCAAAAUCCUGAGCCACAGUGACACAUAAGCUGAACAGACUCUUGCAAACAAUCUAUGAUCCUAGACUAUCUUUGGGAUCUCUGACAUGCAGAAGCACAUCUGUUGCUGUUGUUCUAAAUAUAGCCUCCUUUUCUGUGACUUCUGAAUCCUUUAAGUCUGUUUGAUGGUAUAGGAGCUGUCUUUAGUGCGUUAAUGUUAGUAUCAGUGGAAGACUUUAGAAGAGAUCCCGUGAAUAUACCUUACACAGCAGAAGCCUUUGCAGUACUAUGGCUUCCCAAUACAUAUUGUCAAUCAGACUGAAGUGCAACACAUCCAUGAAUGUUGUUCACCCUAUCCAGCAGGGAUGGCCAUCUCACCUUCUCCAUCUGGCAUGUGGCCAGCAGCUUUUGUGGUCACCAUGGCUGCUUCUAAUGUGGUGGUGAUGUGUAUGAGGAAGUCUGUCCUAUCUGAGCCCCUUUCAGGCAUCAUGUUCCCAUUUCUCUUGCAAGUGUGAAAACAGAGUUCUUUUUUCUGUUUUCUCUGGACUACACUUCUUUGCCUCAAGGCAGACUACCAUCUUGAAUUCUUCAACUGCAAGAUGGCAGUGCCACAUGGCAGGGAGUGUUAGGGCUCCUGAGUCUGCAUGCUCCAGGCUGGCCGCAUCCUUCUCUCUCCCUUUCUUUCUCUCUGUCUCUCUCUCUCUGUCUCUUUUCUGUCUUUUCCUUUCUCUUUCAUCUUCUGAUGUCAUGGAGAAGUGUUGGACAGUUGUCGGCAGCAGCAGUAGCAGGAUCAAGGGCUCCUGGUUUCGGUAGGCUCAAAGCCCAGACUUGGGAACUCAGUGGGCCAUCAAUGGUGGAGCUUGGUGUCCAGAGCUGGGCUGCAGUAGGCCCAUAGUGAGGACUUGAUGAGUUCUGGAUGAAAGGUCCUGGCAUGGUCUGGAGGCAAGGCCCAGCAUUGAAUGAUUGUAAUGCUGAAUGUUUAAUUUUUUUCUUUACUUUUCUAAUUUAUUCUUAAGAUAUUGUACCUACGUAUCUUGUAGCUAAGGUGGACUAUAAUGCUGAACUUUUAUUUCUUUAUUUUCCUAAUUUAUUCCUGAGAUCCUGUACCUAGGUACCUUUUUAACCUAAGAUGGUGCCAUAAGUAGCAACUUUGUAAACUUUUCACUGCACUCAUGUGAGUACAUGUGACGAUAAAUCUAAUUCUAACACUAAUUCUGAAUUAUCAUGAGCUUAUCAAUGAUUCUUCAUUUGUACAACUGGCAUCAAUGUAGUCUUUGAAAUAACAAAACAAGCUAGAACAGGAAAGUAUUCCAACUUUGCAUGUUGAACGUAGUAUAAUUUGGCAAAGACUAUGACUGAUUAAUGGUAAGUAAAUAGAUUUCACGGUAUUGAUUCAAUAUAUUUUACCACUACAAUGUAAACUCUCAAGUACUAAUCAUCUUAUUGGUAGUUAUAUCACAAAGCUCCCAGUCAUUAUUGAUUUCAUGAGGCUUGCAUCAUUCAAGACAAAGCAGCCAGCUUGAUUUGCACUGUCUCCACCACCUUGAACAUUCACUCCUUUCAUUGCUAUUGCACAGUAGAAGCAAUAUACACUACCCACAAGAUGCACUCUAGUAAUUCACCAAAGCGCCUUCCUAAUAUGUGACCUCUGCCAUGAAGAAAGACAAGGACAAGCAAUGCAUGGGAACACCACUAUCUGCAAGUUCCCCUAUAAGUCACACACCUUCCUGAUUUGGGAAUCUAUCACCAUUCCUUCACUGUUGCAGAGUCAAAUUCCUGGAAUUUCCUUUCUGGCAGCAUUGUGUGUGUGUCAACACCCAAAGGAUUGUAGCACUUAAAGAAGGCAGUUGACCACCACCUUCUCCAGGGCAAUUAGGCACCAGUGACAGCCACAUCCCUUGAAUGCAUGAAAGGGAUUGUUUGAUCUAUGCAGUCUUUUGAUCAAUGAUUAUGAAUUCAAAAAUGCUGCUUUGUUGUUUAAGAAAAGUUUAUACAAGUUAAAUAUUCAUUAAAGUAAACGAAUAGCUGCACAUGCUUCUAGAGAAAGACAA